AUGUGGAUUAGUGGUACAUUCCAACAAGGCCACCUUUCGGCGUAACUUCCACAACUCCGCUUCCUUUGCGAACUAGAGACAGCGGUUAAAGGUUUCGUCCUCCGUAAUCACCAUGGCGUCAACUGAGAUAGCGAGGCAAGCGGGUGAAGGUGCUCGUACUGUACCUCUGGCAGGCCAUGUCGGCUUUGACAGCAUGCCUGAUCAGCUGGUUAACAAAUCUGUCAACCAUGGAUUCUGCUUCAACAUCCUCUGUGUUGGCGAGACCGGUCUGGGGAAGUCCACCCUCAUGGACACGUUGUUCAACACCAAGUUUGAGGGAGAGCCUACCCAGCACAACCAGCCGGGAGUCACGCUCAAAUCCAACACCUAUGAGCUUCAGGAGAGUAACGUGAACCUCAAACUCACUGUCGUCAACACUGUAGGCUUCGGAGAUCAGAUUAAUAAAGAAGACAGCUACAAAUCUAUUGUUGAGUUCAUUGAUACCCAGUUUGAAGCCUAUCUACAAGAAGAACUGAAAAUAAAGCGCACGCUACACAGCUACCACGACACCCGCAUCCAUGCAUGCCUGUAUUUCAUCGCUCCCACGGGACACUCGCUCAAAUCCCUGGACUUGGUGACUAUGAAGAAACUUGAUAGCAAGGUUAAUAUCAUACCGAUCGUCGCCAAGUCGGACGCCAUUUCCAAGAGCGAGCUGGCGAAGUUUAAAAUCAAAAUCACCAGUGAGCUGGUGAGCAAUGGAGUGCAGAUCUAUCAGUUCCCCACUGAUGACGAGUCUGUGGCAGAGAUCAACUCCACCAUGAACAGCCAUUUGCCUUUUGCCGUGGUGGGGAGCACGGAGGAGGUGAAGAUUGGGAACAAGAUGGUGAAGGCCCGGCAGUACCCCUGGGGGACGGUGCAGGUGGAAAAUGAGACUCAUUGUGAUUUCGUCAAGCUGCGAGAAAUGCUGAUUCGAGUGAACAUGGAGGACCUGCGAGAGCAGACUCACACGCGCCAUUAUGAACUCUACCGCCGCUGCAAACUGGAGGAGAUGGGCUUUAAAGACACAGACCCUGACAGCAAGCCCUUCAGUCUUCAAGAGACGUAUGAGGCUAAAAGGAACGAGUUCAUGGGUGAGCUGCAGAAAAAAGAAGAAGAAAUGAGGCAAAUGUUUGUCCAAAGAGUCAAAGAGAAGGAGGCCGAGCUCAAAGAGGCAGAGAAAGAGCUGCAUGAGAAGUUUGACCGUCUGAAGAAGCUCCACCAGGACGAGAAAAAGAAAGUGGAGGACAAGAGGAAGUCUCUGGACGACGAGCUCAACAUGUUCAAACAGAAAAAGACUGCUGCAGAGCUCUUGCAGAACCAAGCCCAGCAGGCAGGGGCCUCCACCACGCUCAAGAGGGACAAAGAGAGGAAAAACUGAUGUGACGCCGUGCCUGUUAGAAAUGGAAGAAGACACUUGCACUGAGAAGCUUAGGAUUCCUGUAGAAAAAGUGCUCCCUUGUGGCCAUCCUGCUGUGAAUGAGUUUCCAACCCAUCAUCUUUUUACAGUACCCCUUCCCCACCCUCACCCUCACCCAACCCCCAUAAUUCAACCCUCCACAUGCCCCCUGCUCUCUGGAAGACGCUGGGCAUUGCUAUCAGUUUGACAGUUUUUGCUGAAUGAUGCUUGUAUAUUAUAUGGUUAUUACAAGCCAUUGUUUGGCUGGACUCUUUUAUACAAAUUUACAUUUUUGUUUUAUAUUAAGUGAUUAAUUGCAUGAGUGAGUUUUUUGAAAAUAACAUACAUGGCUACUGUAGUGAUGGGCAGAAAUGUACUGAGGGUAAAGUGAAACAUGCAUCCGGCAUGAAAGACCUCAGUAUGAACAACAUGUGUGGUCAAAGAUCUGCAGAAGAUCACAGGAAAGAAAGAAUUAGGUCAAUUGAUGCGAGGAUGGAUUAAGUUCAUAUUGAGUCAUCUGCAGAUUAAAGCACCGCAAUCAGUAUGGGGAUUCUACAUUUUACAAACAGUUUCUGAAUGAAAAACUUGUAAGUAUUUGGACAUUGUUAGUUUGUUGAUUUAAGGUUUUAGGCCUGUCGUCACCUUGCUAACAGCACGUGAGUACAGCAUCACCCCGAGAGCUGCUACUUUGUCAGAAAUGCACCCAUCUAGCAACGGGUGGAUCAGCUCACAACCGGGCCAAACCAAAAGGGGUUGAAUUUCCGAUCACCUGCGACGGCUUGAUCGCUUUUAACGUGACACUGCAUCUUACUACAGCUGUGAUACGGCUGGAGGAGAGCGAACCGUAAACAGUGAGGCUGAUAUCGACGAGAUACAAUGACACGGUAACCAUGGAUGCAGCUUUUCCUGUUAAUCUUUCUUGCAAGCGAGAGCAAAAUUAAUCCACCUCGGCAAUGGCGGACCACACCACUAACAAUGUAGACCAUGAUUACAGAAGUAUUGAAUAAUAUAAAAAAAGGGGAUUACGUUUCAUGAAAAUCUUAAGGAAUAUAACUUUAAAGUGUCCACUCAUUAUUACCUCACUUUAAUUGAAUUUGAGAUUUGAUUUGUUCUGGUACUUAUGUCCUUUUGCUGAUGCUGUUUCACUUUAUCCAGAUGCAUGAGUAGUUGUUGGCCUAAUCUCCUUGACACUUCUCCCAUACCUCAUUCAUUGUCAUGUGUUAUUUGCAUUCUUGUAUUAGCUUUCACAUUUGCACUUUUUUAUACACAAAUGUGAUGUUUUCUAAGUAUAUAUUAAUGCUGUCAGUUCAAUUGUAACUUUCUUUUUAUUCACUUACCUUGAAGGCACAUUUAAAAGUAGUUCCUUAUGAUGUCCAGUGUUUGUAUCGCUGUUACACAUACAAAAAUAUGAUCUCAAAAGAAAAUAAAGGCCAAUUUUUCACCAAAUAUUACAACUGUGGCCAAAAUCAUUGUGGAUGACAAAUAUUGCCGUAAAUUAGACAAAAAGUUUAAUCAAUCCAAAUGGGUCCGCGUAAUUUGUUUCGGUUGAUUUGUUCGUAGUUGGAGAUUAAUACUGUCCAAGUCUCGAAGGCCGUGAAUGAACGUUGAUGCCGAUAAACGUUACUGUGAUAAUCUGAUCAGUUAUUACUUAUUUUUUCACCACUUCAAGGUUCACGGUUGCUUUGGUUAUCUUAUGAGAGAUCAAAUUGUCUUGUAUUCAAGACUGCAUAAAAACCCUUUCCACAUGCUACCAGGGAAAACAUACAUGAAGACAAAUAAAGAGCCAUUCCCUCCUCCUAACCCUCAGCUCACUGGUCUGUGUGGUUUCACUUUCCUUUGCAGUAAUCCCUGGCUCUGCACUGAGUAGGCCCUCAGCCCUCAAGCUUUGCUAAGGGACCAGCCUUUGUGGGUACUGAGUACCUCAAAUGUGACCAGAGGCUUUGUGGACCCCAUCCUUCAGGGUUUCUUAAUCAUUACCUGCUCUACUAUAAUUUAUCUUAAUGUGUAUCUGUGUGUCACUGCAGCUCUAACCUCACCUUCAGCAAUCCAAAUCUUGCGGCUUCUUCUUUUUUACCUCUGCUUAUGUUUAAAUGUGCACAGUUUGUUUUUGGGCUGUUACUAACACCUUUUCCACUUGAUGGAGAUUAUAUGCACACUUGUUCAUUUAUUGUCGUAUUUGGAUCGUUGUUAACACUUGUUUUUCUCUUGUAAAUUGGACCACAGAUGAGAUGUGAUCAAUUCACAGUUUAACAAUCAUGCAGCAUCAUCAGUGGGCACAAUAUCAUCUCAUUGUUUUAUGCUUAUUGUGUUGCUUGAACAACUAUGAUCCCAGAGAUUUUUUACCACCUAACUUUGUAUUUAUGAUAAUCAAACCUAUAUAUGUAUUUUCAAAAAUCCGAUUGACGUGUGUUGUUUUGUAAGAGUUUCUGCUUUGCCACCUUUCUAACUGCUGGCUUUCUCUUUCUUUGUCUCUUUAGCUUCUUUUAAUCUGUCUUGACCACCUGAAGAGGGGAUUGCAGCUUCAGCAAGAACUAAGCACCCUUUAGCUCUCCCCGUUUUUCUCGCUGUAUCGACCCUUUUUUUAUUCUCCCCAUCGCGUCUCCUUUUUUUUCUUCUUUAAAAAAAAAAAAAAAUGGCCUUAUGUGGACUCGCAUGGUAUUUCUGACCACCUGGUGACGCUCUAAACCCAUGCAGGUUGGGAACCGGGCACAGUUUAAAUCUGCUGUUAUGUCUUAAUGUAUAUAAAUAAAUGCUUGUAGUUCAUAGAAAUCAUCAGUUUGGGUUAACACAUUGACACGACUUGUGUGACAUUAUGAUUUUAAUUACAAUGACCUGGUCUAUGCACUCAUCUUUUCAAUAGGGUUCUUAAUACAGGCUCUUGAAACAUGGAGACAAGUCAAGAAGCACCUAAUGCACUAUGUUUAACAUGUUAUGAAUAUAAUGAGUCAUGUUGUUUUCUCGAAUCUAGUCCAGUUUGAAAUGAAAACCUCCUGCUUCCAGGUAUUCUGAACACUAAAAUUGAUUUAAUGCGAAAGCCAAAGCAAUAUUCCUUCUUACCACUUCAUUUGAUGCUGCCCAUGUUUACAAAUCACUAGAAUACCAUGGAGGUCACAUGUAAUGGCCUUUUUAUUAAACGUUGUGCUUUAAUAUUCACCAGCCUAUUCUAUAUUUUUUGCAUGUAUCUUUUUAUUUGAUUACCUAUUUGAUCUUUGACCUGCUUGUUUUUUAGCCCUUGAUAAUUCAGUUUUGCAAUCUAUUUUAACUUCAUUGCUGUUUUCUCCAAAUGGUGCAUAUUAUUGAUGUAUAUCUGCUCUGUCCUAUCAUUUCAGCUCCCUUUUUUGCCAACUAUUAGUGUAAGAUGGAGUUGAACUGAAUCCCAGAUAGGAGUAUUAAAAAGAUACUCAUGCAUUUGUAUAAUUUAUAAGGAUAUAUUUUGUGUAUUGAAGUGGAGACUUGUGGUUUAUUACCUAUGACCUUUGGACGUGAAUCUGAGUAAAGUAACAUAUUGGUGUCAGAAAAUGCCAUACAUUUUUCUAGUAUCAGUUGUCACUUCUUGGAGUCAAAGACCCUCCCACAAUACAAAUAAUUAAAUAUCUUACUUUAGUUUGAUUCCAUUGAUGUACAUUUUCAAUAAAAACAAAAUGAUCCAAACAUA